UUCAAAAAUAUUUAAAAAAUGCAAUGACUAUUAAGAUUGCAAAGGGUAUUUAGAGUGCCCUUUGUAUUUCUUAUCCACAUUUUACUGAUAGGUAUGGAUACUUGUUCAAACAUGCAGUCGAGUUGAAUAUCGUAACUAGAUAAUGAUAUCCAUUACCAGUCUAUAUAACCCGAUACUUGUAGAAAGAUUUAGUAUUGUGCUCUAAGUUCGACAAAAGUGAAGUGGUUGAAAGUUUGAAAUAAUAAACAACAAUGGAGGUAAGUUAUUUAAAUUUUAUAAAUUUGGUUUCAGUAAAUUCUUUAAUAAUUCCUAUUUAUUUUUUGAAACGCAUUUUGAUUUGUUUAUGUUAUAUUUCAGUCUUCAUACAACCUGAAAGAUGUGGAUAAAUGUUUCAGACCAUAUAAUUAUUAUAAUUUAUCUGAUGAUGAAGAAGAGGUUUUAAACAUAACAGAAAAUAAAAAUAAGAAGACCAAUCGUUUAGAUGACUUUUUUCUUCAAGAACCUGACCGGAAGAAGAAAAAAACUAAACUUUCUUCAAGUGUUGGCCGUGCAGGGAAGGAGGGAAGCAUUUCAUAUAUAUCGACUGAUAAAGAUGAUGGAAUGGACGCUGACAUACUUGUUAAAAUGGAAUUAUAUAGUUUAAAAAAGUUGAAAGAAAUCCCAGUGGCACAACAUUGGAAAAAUGCAGAUAUUCGUGUUAAAUAUUAUAUGAAAAACGAUUCCAACAUUGAUGUUCAGAUAAAGGAUAUUGUAUACAACAUAACAAAGGGGAUAUCCGAGGAAGAUAGUGUAAAACGUUACAGUUUUAAAAAUUAGUUUCAUUUAGUUUCUUCAUGCUUCAGAUUUUAAUACCAUAUGUUUAUAUAAUUAAGUAAUGUUUCAGUUUUCCAUUAGUAUAAAUACUAUGUUGCAUUGUACAAAGUCAAUCAUUGUGCUUUUUGUUGAAGACCUUUGCGCAUUAAGGUUAAAAGUGUGAGACAAAAAACAGUUGUGAAACAAAUACAUAUAUACAAUGUCUCAAGAAUGUGUUAGUGUUUUUUUUGAUGAAAUGGAUCAUGAAUUUGAAAGCUUAUCCAUUGAUACAAUUGAACUUUUCAACGUUUGUGAUGAAAUAGAAAGAAAUGAUUUAAAUCACCCAUUUUAUGAUCAAAGAAUGAUGGUGCUAUGUGAUGAAUUCGAUGGGAAACUGGUUGAUCAAAUGGGUCGUGGAACUAAAAGGAAAGCAGCUGUUGAUAUUAACUCUGCUGACAUCAAAAGAAUAAAAUCUGGAUCGAACAUGGAUCUUUCACGGUCUUCACAAGAGCAAUCAACAUCGAAUGAAGGUAAUAAUUUUAACAUGAAAUUUUGCUGUAUUUGUAAUAGAAAUGUUUCCAAAAAAUAUUUCGCUAAUCAUCUAAGGAGCAAUGCACAUAAAAAUAAUGUAAAUAAAAAACAACAUUCAAUAAAACCCAAUGUUAAGAUAAUUGAGACUGCGUUCGGUAAUAGAAUAAUAACCUAUAGAGUAACUUCAGAAAAUCAAAAUGAUUUACAGUUUGAGACACCAGAGUUAUUUCUUGCAUCUGUCAAAGAUACAAUAUUUACAAUAAUAAAUAAAUCUAUAGAAGAUCAUACAAUUUUAAAAAUAAAUUUCAUUUUAUAUGGUGACUUUGUUCAGGAGACAAAAAACAUUAACAACACUUUUGAUUUCCAAUCAAUGAAUUUUAUUGUUUGUAUUGGUGAUGAUUUAAAUAUAUUUUAUACAACUCUCACGAAAUCUCUAUUAAACUAUAUAAAUUCAUUCGAGAGAAAGGAUAGUGGGUGGAGUCUGAAAAAAAUUUUACAUUUGGAUAUGAAUUUAAAUCAAUUUAACCCUUUAAGAGGAAAAUCCUUUAUUGAGUUACCACAUGAUAUAAAAAUAAAAAAAGCUGUGAUAAAUGUUAAAAACACUGAUGAUGCCUGUUUUAAGUGGGCACUGUUAUCUGCUUUAUUUCCAAUUCAUAAAAAUUCGGAUAGAGUAUCAUCAUACACCAAAUACAGUCAUAAAUUAAAGUUCGGUAAUAUUAAAUUUCCAGUCAAAUUAAAGGAUAUACACAAAAUUGAAAGUCUUAAUAAUAUAAGCAUUAAUGUUUUUGGGUUAGAAUAUAAUGAACAAAGAAAAAAGCAUUGUAUUGUUGGGCCAUUGUAUUUUACAAAGAAUAAAAUGCAGACUCAUAUAAAUUUACUAUAUUUGACACAGGGUAAAAUCGGUCAUUAUUGUUAUAUAAAAAAUAUGUCACGAUUAAUAAGUAGUCAAGUUUCGAAAUCCAAGGAAGCUAUAUAUCUAUGUGACUUUUGUUUACAAUAUUUUUUAACAUCUGAACGUUUAAAUAACCAUCAAAAAAAUGAUUGCAGACAUAUUUGUACACAAAUACCAAGCGUAGAUAAAAAUAAAAAAAAUUGGUGGGGCGAUAUUGUAUCUGAAAAUAAAUUAAAUUUUGAUAAAUUUCAACGUAAAUUGAUGUUACCUUUUGUUAUAUAUGCGGAUUUUGAGGCUUUUUUAAGUCCCUUAGCAUCAUGUUCAAACGAUCCUUCAAAAUCACAUACAAUAAAUGUACAAAAACAUAAUGUGUAUAGUUUUGGAUACUACAUUAAAUGCUCAUACGAUGAUAAAUUGUCUAAAUAUGUAACAUAUACUGGUGAAAACUGUGCUUUAAAAUUUAUGGAAACCCUGAAAGAUAAUUUGACAACAAUUGUUAAAAAAAUUGGUUUCCAAAAAGUUGCUAAUAAAAUAUCACCAAUUCAGCAAGAUAUAGUUAGCAAAUCUAUUCAUUGUUAUAUUUGUAAUAAAAUUUUGUGUGGGAAUUCAAUGAUUUACCACGAUUGGUUUACUGGGGAAUUUGUUGGGGUCAUACAUAAAGUUUGUUCAGAAAAAUUUAGAGUACCUUACACUAUACCAGUCUUCUUGCACAAUUUAAGCCAUUAUGAUGCACAUUUUAUCGUACAUGCCUUAAACUUUGAUGAAGGUCAGGUAGAAGUUCUCCCACAAAACAAAGAAAAAUACAUAUCAUUUUCAAAGGUUCUUAAAAUCAAUAACAGUAAUGUAACUUUACGUUUUGUGGAUUCCCUAAAAUUUUUACCCAGUAGCUUAGAUACUUUAGCAAAAAAUUUAACAAAAAAUAAUUUUAAUGAAUUAUCAAAAUGCUUUCCCAAUUCAGAAGACUUUAAACGGCUGACUAAAAAAGGUGUAUUUCCAUAUGAAUUUAUUAAAGAUUUUGAUACAUUAAACUACAAUCAACUUCCAGAUCUUCCACACUUUUACAGUAGUCUCACAGAUUCCAUUAUUUCUAAUGAAGAUUACAACCAUGCCAAAGAUGUUUGGAAUCAUUUCAAUUGUAAAAAUAUGUUGGAUUAUUCAAAUCUUUAUUUAAAAACUGAUGUUUUAUUGUUAGCAGAUAUUUUUGAAAAUUUUAGGCGUGUUUGCAUUAAAACGUACGAUUUAGACCCGGCUCAUUACUAUACAGCACCUGGAUUAAGUUGGGAUGCUAUGUUAAAACAUACUAAAACAGAGAUUGAAUUACUUUCUGAUAUAGAUAUGAUUGCUUUUAUUAAAUCAGGAAUUCGUGGUGGUGUUUCGCAAUGUAGCACUCGCUAUGCAAAAGCAAAUAAUGUUUACAUGUCUGACUAUAAUGCGAAAGAUAAAGAGUCAUUCUUAAUGUAUUUCGAUGCCAAUAAUCUAUAUGGUUGGGCAAUGUCACAAUAUCUACCUACAGGUGGUUUUGAGUGGGUUAGUGCUGAUACAGAUUUUAAUGUUAGUUGUUCAUCAGAUAUAGGUUUUAUCUUAGAAGUAGAUCUGGAGUAUCCGGUGGAUUUACAUGAUAAACAUUCAGAUUUACCUCUUUGUCCAGAAAAUAUACCAGUUGGGGACGCUAAGGAAAUUAGAUUGAUUCCAAACUUAAAAAAUAAAUCCAAAUAUAUUAUUCAUUAUCGAAAUUUAAUUCAAUGUUUGAAAAUGGGUUUAAAAUUAUUAAAAGUUUAUAGAAUAUUAAAAUUUAAGCAGAGUCCAUGGUUAAAGAACUAUAUAGACCUUAAUACACAAUUAAGAACUCGAGCUAAUUCUGAUUUUGAGAAAGAUUUCUAUAAACUCAUGAACAACGCAGUUUUUGGUAAGACUAUGGAAAAUAUUGAGAAACGAGUUAACGUUAAACUGUUAACCCACUGGGAAAAUAGGGGCAAAGUAUUGGGGGCUGGGGAUCUAAUUGCUCAACCACAUUUUCACAGUGUUUCAAUAUUUUCUGAUAGUCUUGUUGCAAUUCAAUUAAACAAAAUGAAAUUAAUUUAUAAUAAACCUAUUUAUCUCGGAUUUUGUAUAUUAGAUAUAUCUAAAACGCUGAUGUAUGAUUUCCACUAUAAUUACAUGAAAGAGAAAUUUACUUCAAAUCUGAAACUACUGUAUACAGAUACUGACAGUCUCAUUUAUCAAAUAUUUACUAGUAACUUUUAUAAUGAUAUAAAGCCAGACAUUUGUACACAUUUCGAUACAUCAGAUUAUAAUCCAAAUAAUGUUUUUAAUUUUCCUCAAGUAAAUAAGAAAAAAUUAGGUUAUUUCAAAGAUGAAAAUUGUGGUAAAAUCUUUACAGAAUUUGUGGGUUUGCGAUCAAAAAUGUAUGCAUUACAGGUAGAUGAUAAAAUUAUUACUAAGGCGAAGGGUGUUAACAAAUGUGUCACUAAAAAAUUAACGUUGGAUAAUUAUAAGUCAUGUUUGUUUAAUAAAAACGUACAGCAUUGUAAAAUGUAUCGGUUUAGAUCAUUAAAACAUACAAUUUUUACACAGGAAAUAAAUAAGGUGUGUUUAUCUUUUAAUGACACAAAGCGGUACAUUUUACCAAACAAAAUCGAUACGUUACCUAUAGGUCAUUACCAAAUCAAUAGUAUGUAAUUAAGUAUUGUAAAUAUAACAAAUUGUAAAUUUUUAUGUAAAAUAAAUUUGUUUUGUACAUGUAUAAUGUAUAAACGUGUACUGUACAUUAAUAUUGUGAUAUAACACUUACAUUUUUUGUAUAUUUCAUAUAAAUAAAUUGUUUUUAAAAUA